CUCAGCCGCUGAUGUCAGCGCAGGGGCUCGGAGCCGCGGCGGGCGGGUUGGCGCGGGCCCUGGCGCGGCUUUCUCGGGUGGCUGCCCUACCACACACAGUCCCGUGCCCGGAGGCCACAGGCGACUUGUCUUGAGGCGCGCUCCUGCCCCCGCGGUGCCGGGCCUGGAGAACGCGGAACUCCUCGGCCGCUUAGAGACCGGCUCAGCGCUGCCCCUAACAAAGAUGGCCGCCCUCCUCCUCCCGCUCCAUCGCUAGCCUGGCCGGUCCCGCAGCCGCUGGAUGCUCGGUGGCGCGGUCCUGCCGGCCCGGCGAGUGCUCCCUCCCGCCGUGCCAGCUUCAGGCGCUCCCGCCGUGGCAUGGCCGAGGCUGCCGGCUCCCAGCGCCGCCCCGCCGCGGGCAGGUGCGAGGCGAGCGGCGCGGUGGCGGCCCGAGCCCGCUGGCGGCUGCUCGGACAGGUUCUGAAGAAAAAGCACUUGAAAGAUGUGCAUCUCCAACAAGUAUCUGUAAGAAGGUUUGCAUCCUUCAAUCUCUUUUCAGUAGAGGACCAGAAUAUGGAAGAGGAAACUGGGACCUGGGUUCAAUAUAAAAGCAUCUUUUAUCCUGAGUAUAGUGUGUCCUUAAGAUUUCACAAUGGUCUCUUAAAUGUUAAAGAUGUUCUUACAAGUUUUGACAACACGGGGAAUGUCUGUCUCUGGCCAUCUGAAGAAGUGCUGGCUUACUACUGCCUAAAGCAUAAUGAAAUAUUCAGGGACCUUGCUGUGUGUGAGCUGGGGGGUGGCAUGACAUGCUUGGCUGGGCUCAUGGUUGCUAUUUCUGCAGAUGUCAAAGAAGUUCUGUUAACUGAUGGAAAUGAAAAGGCCAUCAAAAAUGUAAAUGAGAUCAUCACAAGAAACCAAAAUGCUGGAGUAUUUAAGGCUCGGAAAGUGUCAAGCCGCAUUUUACGAUGGGAUAAUGAGACAGAUGUCUCUCAACUGGAAGGACAUUUUGACAUUGUUAUGUGUGCUGACUGCCUGUUUCUGGACCGGUACAGAGCUAGCCUUGUUGAUGCAAUAAAGAGAUUACUCCAACCCAGUGGAAAAGCAAUGGUAUUUGCUCCACGCCGAGGGAAUACUUUAAACCAGUUUUGCAAUCUAGCUGAAAAAGCUGGUUUCUCUAUCCAAAGACAUGAAAAUUAUGAUGAACACAUUUCGAACUUCCACUCCAAGUUGAAAAAUGAAGAAAGAGAUACAUAUGAGGAAAAUCUCCAUUACCCUUUUCUUCUCAUUUUAACCAAACACAGAUAGAAGAUGACACCUUUUUUUGUUUUAAGAUGGACUACUGAAAAUUAAUCCAUGUAUGUGAAUGGUCAGAGAGGGAGGAGUGUUCGUUUUCCCCCACUUACGUUCCUGACUCAUCAUUCUAAUCUAAAUUCUGAGGAAGAUAUCGUGGCUUGUUUUACAGAGUGUAAACAUUGAGACAUCUUUUUUGUAUCAUUUCAGAACUUAUUUUUCCAGUUAUGUUCCAGCCUAAAACUGAUCAGACUUCACAUUUAUGCAUUAACAAAGGUGUAAAGCUGGCUUCCUUCUCUUUUGUGCCUUUAAACUUGCAUGUACUUUGUUAAUCUGUUUAAAUGCUAUUUUUGAGGUGCAUUUGAAAAUAUAUGACAAAUAUACUUUGUGGGCUUAUAUAACUGCUUGUAAAGAAGUGAAUGCAUUGACAUUUAACUAGUAAGGAAAUAGUUGUCUAAAGAUCUUUUAAAAGUGUACCUAUUGAAUACUUGGAUUUUUCUGCUUUUUUUAAUUUCCCUGUUGAUUUUUCUAUCCAUGAUUGAAAUGUCCUCAUUUGCUUCAGUGUUGAAGGCUUUUUUUCUGUAUGUGUGGAUGUAUGUUUUUUUCCAGCAGGACUUUUCCUCCUGUAGAUGUAUAAGAAAUUAUGCAUCAGACAAAAGCCUCAUAAACUGACCAUUUGUCCUUUGGACACAAUAGCCUGCCCAGCCCCUCUGCUCCUCCUCUCCAAUUAUGUGUGAUUAGUCUCAGUGUGUUGUGUCAAGAAGGGGGAGUGUGCUGAGUGCUUAUUAUCUGUUUAGGUACAAGAAGAGCACAUUUAGGUUCUGACUAUGAAUGGAAAGUGAGCCUUUAUCAGGACUAAAAUCUAAAUGCUACUAUCCUAGAAAUGGCUUUUAAAAAAACACAUCUUUUUUGAUAAUAUAACAGCCAAAGGAUUUUGUAGUGUAAGAAAACUAUCUCUCUUGAAUUAGUUUAUAUUGGGAUAUAUUGUGGCCCACAUUUUUGAUAAACAUUUAAUGUGAUUUUUCAUGUUCUUGGAAAGACAAAAAUCCUACAAAGAAACAGGAGCAAUAUCUGAUUUUCUUAACAGUUUAACAGACCAUUUUAAUGACUUCUCAAAAACUGUCUCUUAAACCACGACACUUUUAAAAUGUUGAAAAAAGACAGAGGCAGAGGCCAUGACUGAGAGAGGAAGGUACUAGAUGCAAGUAAGUGUAGAGAAUCAUGCUGAAGUACAUUUAUUAAAAGAACUGCAAUGUGGGAAUAAGCACUCUUCCAUAUUUAACAAAUUGGACAGUACAUAAACCACAAGCUCGUGAAAGUCCCUUUCUCUUCGUUCUUCUUCUCAAACAAAUUUCUUCACUACCGGUUUGCAUGUCCUUGUAUUCAGUACUUUUUAUGCUCCAUUAGAGCACCUAGAUGGAUCUCAGAAGGCAUAGGUCAAGUCGCAGUUAGAUCAUACAUUUCUUUCUCACAAAAACUUGAAUUGCAAUGCCAAGUGAUGGGCUAACAUCACAAUAACAGCAAUUUAUUCCUCUUUUGAUAAAAAGCAGCCUAUUCUCGGUGUUAGAUAAAGACCAGGGGCAAUGCAAACCAACCAUUUAUCCUAGAACUGAGUACUAUGUCCCCGCUAUAGCUGGUAUGAGUUUCAUAUUCAAACUCCUGUUGGAAAAUACUUGUCUAGUGAGAAAUCAAAAGCAUUUAGGAGUAAUUUGAAAUUGCUGUGAAGAUGGCUUUAGUUUAAUUAGUUUUGUUUUGUUUGUCCCACACAGCAGUGCCUUUGUUUCUCUAAAAACAUGUACAAGGACAUCUUCAUAAUCAACAAAGCAGUGUGAAAAAUAGCUCAAUAUUAAAAUUUGUGAACCUUUUAUUUUUGAGAGGGCUUGAAUGUCUGCUGUACAGUAAUCUAAUAAAGAUCGUUAGUUGCCAAAAAUAGAAGCAGCAUCAUUGAAAAUUGUGGUUUUAGCUCUAAGAAGAAAAGAGUUUUACUCAAAUUAGUAGCUGAUAAUUGUUUUUUAUUUCUUUAGUGUCUGUCGUUUGAGUUGAAGGCUUUGCACAGGUGUUGCCAUCCCUAAAGUGUGUAAUUGAUGGCUUGUUUACCAAAGAUGCAUUUAGGCUUCAUCCUGCAAACUCACGUUUGAGCUCCACAGGCAGUAAAGUUACUCAUCUACGUAAGUGCUUGCAGGUUUGGUCUGUGUGCACAUUUUUAGAGGUAUAUAAGCAAGUUCUUGAUUUUUUUGUUUUAACAUGGGUAUUGAAAAGUCACAGAUGUAGUAUUUACAUGAGGCUCUAGAAGUGUUCUUUUUUUAGAGACGUCUCUCAGAGACCCUUGUGUGUGUAGGAAUUUGAAUUGUUUCUGAGCUCUUAAAUUUUAAUAAUAAUACAGUGUUAAUUAAUACAUCAAAUAUCUUUGCUAAGAAAAUGUUUAGCAGUUUAUCAAAUCAUGCUUAUAAAAUAUAUCAGAACCUUUUAUUUGGUGUUUUAACCAGUCUCUGAUACUUGGUAUAUUUUUAAUUAUAUAGUUUACAGUGUUCUAUUACAGAAUAUUGAGCUUAAUUACUUUGUGUUUGUUAAGAAGUUGAAGUUGAAUGAUGCUGUGCAAGAGCUAUGCUGGCUUCACUGAGAAUGGAAAUGUUAGGCUGAUGCAAGUUUUCCUUCACACAUGUUGGUAGUUCUUACAGCAAUGUUGUGUCUUCCUCCUUUCUCAGAGAAGAGUAGGCAUCCAUUCCCCUGGGCACAGCACUUAUGCACCUGGUGCCACUGGCAGCAAGUUGUGUGAUCUUCAGGAUAUAAAAGAUCAAGAAAAAAGUGUUCCAUUUUCUGCUGUGAGAUAUGGCAAAGGCUUUCUUAAAAAUUACAAACUCGUCCUAUCUGAUUACAUUCUGGAACAAUGGGACAAAUCCUUACAUUUGGGAAAUAAGUCUGAUUUGAAAAUACAAAUGUCUAAAGAGUGUGAGAUAAGGCAGAAGAACUUACUAUCCCAGGUACCAGUCCAGCUUCAAAAUCCUUAUUGGACAAGUCAUUUACAAUUUCCCUGAGGCUUUAAUGGCUACAUGUUUGCGUGAGGAGGGAAGCAGGAUUAAAAUUGUUUCCCCCCCGCCAAAGGCAUCCUUACAUCUUAAGCCUGGCUGCAUACGGUUUAUCAAGUGUUAUAUCUCCAUUACAACUCUCCUUCGCUGUUCCCUGAACAAAAGAGGAUGCAGUGGGUGGAGCUUUUGAUCCUCCUCUUGAUAUGGCAGGUGGCACAGCUGAUAUGGCAGGGGGAAGAGGGAAAAGGCAGCAACACAUGCAAGUCAAACAGAGCAGUGUUUUAUUACCCACUCUCCUAAUACAAAAGGGGAAUAACUAGGUCCUUGUGUUUUCACAGGGCAAAUUAUAAAUGCAUAGUUUUAGCCUUAAUUCAUUUUUUUAUGAGUGGUUUUCUUCUUUAUAUCAGGGAAUGACCAGUGAUGUCAAACUGCAAAUUCCUUUAAUUUUGGUGAAAUGUUUUGAAACACUAGUAGAAAGUGCUAAGACAGCAUGCACCAGUGGUUAUGUCUAAAAUGUUUUCUGCACAGCCUUGUCAUCCCAUGUUGUCUCUUCAGAAAGAAACAAUUUUGUUGCUUUUUUCUUUUUAUUCACGUUUUAGGUUGUCCUGAGUCUGAUUAAGAUAGAUUGAUUAAGAUGGAUUGUCAUGCCUCCACUGUCACAAAUUGGUUGCCUAACAUUGGUAGUAAGCACACCGGUAUCUUUUGAAAGAUUGUUCUAAAAGCUGAUUUUCAAUAUGAUUCUCAUCUGCAAUGCAACAGCACUUACUUAACCCAGCCAAAAUGAGGGCACUUUGAUGUGAAAUCCCAUAAAGCUAAAAGAAAGUCAAUGCAUGACUUUGCAGCUGAAUGUAUUGUAAGUAAAGGCAGGACCCCCCUAAUUCCUCAUAUGGGGGAACCUAAGGCACAGCCAGUAUUGCUGUCUCCUUUGCCUAUAGCCAUUUAGAAAUUAGGCAAUGCACUCUAUAACUGACCCCAGAUUUUGUGAGACCCAGUGCUGCAUCUUCUCUACAAGAUCCAUCUCCCUCUCCGACCUGUGGACUCUGUUCAAACAGCUGAAUGUAACAAACCUAACUUUUCUUUCCCAUUUUUAAAGGGUUUAGCCUAUUACAGCUCCUUGCUUAGUCAGCAGCUGGCUUGCUGCCAAAAAGCCCAGCAUAUUGUUGUGGCUGGGUAAAAGCUGGAUAUUUUCCAUCGCUGUCCAACAGCGGUAUUGGAUCUUCAUUGUCUUCCUGUGUGUAAAGUGUGUGGAAAGUAGAGGGAAGAUGCACGAAGCGGUAGUCCAGAUGGCAUUCCACAGCCUGAGAAGAAACAUCUUGACCCUCGGAUCUGGGUUAAACUCAACAGAUGCCAAGCCCCCAAAAACAAAGAGCUGUUGUGGCUGACGACAGCGAAGGAGCGAUAGGCCUUUAGUAAUAAAAGUAUCUUUUAUUUUGGAUGCAUUUCCCUGCAGAUAACCAACACAGUGUCGCUUGUAGAAGAUUGCUUAUUAAAAAAAAGCAAAAAAAUGAUGUUUCUCUGCAUUAGGCACUGUCCCCCUUUAGUUGUAAAAUGUUGCCUCUGGGUGAGGGUUAUGCUCGCAGAAAGGAUUGGAAUGUUCAGACUGUGCUGUGCCCUGCCAGAGCCUGUGUGCGAAAAGACCUGUUAUUUUUCCUGACUCUGACUCCAAUUAAUGUACUUUUUAAAUGAUUAAACAUAUCAUGCUGUGACUUCUGAAA